AUGGCGGGGACGGUGCUGCCCCUCUGCCUGCUCCUCGCUGCCGCCCUGCGGGGUGGCCUGCCCGAGGCACCGGGACCCGCAGCCCGCACUGGCCCCGUGCUCCAGCGGCUGCGGAUGCUGGAGGAGCAGUUUCGCCGUUUCCAGGAGGUGACGCUGAGCCAUCUCCAGAGCAUCGCCAGGAACUACAACAUCUCCUACAACAUCGACAGACGGUUUCAGGUGCUGGCAGAGCAGGCGGAGGCGGCCGACGCAGCCCGGGCCGUCCUGGGUGCCGAGCUGGCCCGCCUGGCUGCUGCUGGCCGGCGGCUGCACCGCAGGGUGAAGUGGCUGGAGGGGACGGUGGGUGGCCUGACCCCCCGGCACCACCUGCUCACUCGCCCUGAGGCUGGUGCUGAGCCACACAGCCUGUGGGACACAGUCCGCAGCCAGCAUGAGCCACGGGGCCCCGUGCCCCCCAGCACUGCCAGCCCUCGGCCCCUGAAGGUGAGGCAGCAGCUGUGGGAGGAAGGGCACCGGCUGCUGGUGGAGACUGGGACCAUCGGGAUGCCCAUGGAGGACACGGAGCCCCUUCGUGACGCCCAGGCUGUCACAGCGGCGCUGUCUGCCACGGCCACGGGCCCCCAGGAGCAGCUGGGGACAGCCUGCGACGUGGGCCCAGUGCUGCUCUUCCCCAGCGCCUCUGCCAGCAACGCGGCUGUCCUGCGGCCAGGGCUGCGCGCGGGGCUGUGGGCGCUGUCGCUCUGCACCUGGGUGCUCACCCCGGCCCCCCGCCUCGGCACCGUCCUGUACUACGCCAGCGAGGACGGGGACAGCAAGCUGGCCGUGCACGGCCGGGACAGGGAUCCUGGAUCCGCGUGUUUUGUCAUCGGGGACACAGCGUUUCGGGAGCUCCCAGUGACACCGCUCCUGGAUGGCAAAUGGCACCACCUCUGCCUCAUCUGGUCCUCCGGCCGGGGCCAGUACCGCUUCUACGUGGACAGGAGGCUGCUGGCCGCCGGCUCUGGCUUCCAGCAGGGCUAUGAAAUUCCCGCUGGCAGCUCACUGGUGCUAGGCCAGCCGCAGGGCCACGUCAGAGUGGGAUUUAGCCCCACGGGAGCCUUUGUGGGCCGGCUGGCCGGCUUGGCCCUCUGGAGCCGGGCUCUCAUGCCCGGGGAGGUGGCCAGCAUGGCAACUGGCCAGGGGCUGCCCCGCAGGCCCCUCCUGACUCUGGCCAAUGCCUCCCUGCAGGGUGAGGUGCAGAGGGUGGCGUGCACCUGCCUCGAGCACUGCCCGUGA